AUGCCACACCCGCGCAAGACGCAGCGGCACGCGUCGGGGAACGGCACAGUGACACGUCUGAAAGAUGUCGAGGAGGAAUCGCUGUCCCGAGGGCGCAGUCCGGAAAAGAAAAAGGAAAAAGUCGACUGGGAGAUUCCGAGAAAGACGCUGCAUUCAUCUAUCGGCUUUCUUACUCUCCACCUCUACACGUCGGAUGGCAAUCCCAAGUUUGUCGUGCUCGCGCUGGCCGUGGCCCUCGCCGUCCUCGUGCCGCUCGACGUCCUGCGCCUGCGCUCGCCCACCUUCGAGCGCCUGUACGAGCGCUGCGUGGGCUUCCUCAUGCGCGACGUCGAAAAGAAAACGACAAACGGCGUGAUAUGGUACAUCAUCGGCGCCAUAUUCGUCCUCUCCGUCUAUCCACUCGACAUUGCCGUCGUCUCUAUCCUCAUCCUCUCGUGGGCAGACACCGCGGCCUCGACGAUCGGACGCCUGUGGGGCCGGCACACGCCCCCCCUGCCGCGGCACCUCCUCGGGCUGCCGCUCGCGCCGCGCAAGUCGCUCGCGGGCUUCCUCGCUGCCUCGCUCACCGGCGGGGUUGUCGCGGCCGGCUUCUGGCGGUGGGUCGCGCCCGUGCGCGCGGCGGACGCGAGCUGGACGUGGGAGGAGGGCGUCAUCCCCGCGGGCCCGCACGCGGCGUGGGCGGUGCGCGCGGUGGAGGCGGCGCGGGAGGCGGGCGUGGGGAGGGUGAAGAUGGCGGGGUGGGCGGGACUGGCGGCGGUGGGUGUGGUGGCGGGGCUGGUGUCGGGCGUUGCGGAGGCUCUGGGUGAGUGCGGUUGGUUGCGCGGCGUGCUCUUGUGUUCAUUUGCCUCGUAG